UCCACGUUCGAAAGAAUUUUACACUGAACGAAAUUUAUAUAUUUGCAAUGCUGACGACCUUCGCAGACAUUCUAACUUUCUGAUUAAAUAACCAGAUUGCUGAAAAAAGAUGUCGGUGAUAAUUCGUCUGCAAAACCUGCCCUGGUCCGCCAACGCUGCUGAUAUCCGUCGUUUCUUCAAGGGUCUGACAAUCCCUGACGGAGGGGUCCACAUCGUCGGGGGAGAAGAUGGUGAUGCCUUCAUCGCAUUUGCUACGGACGAGGAUGCUCGACAAGCCAUGCUGAUGCCCACAGGGGACCAGAUCAACGGGGUUGGCGUGAAACUUUUCCUCAGCAGUCGUACGCAGAUGCAGAAUGUUAUCGCAGUUGCUAGGGGCCAGACACCAUCCGAACCAGCCACCCCGACAACACCUGCUGCUGUGAGCACUGCACCUUUGACAGCACAAACAGCAACUCAACAGUCCUACCAGACGCAGCAACUGUAUCCCGAAGCCUCGACGGGAUCGCAUUGGGAUACCCCGUCUUACAGUGAUUCCUUGGCUUACUCUGCAGCCCCAGCAACUUUGGCAACGUCUGAGCCAGUUUAUACGGAUCCUAAAUCUGCAUACCAAGAACCUAAACCUGCUUAUCAGGAGCCGAAACCUGCAUUCCCUGCCAUGGAGCCAAAAUCAAAUCUGUAUCCCCAGGACUCGAAAGCGGCCUUCACUGCCCAAGAAACGUCAAACCGCUUUAUCACUGCUAUGGCUGCUCUACCUGCACUUCAGAAUCUUGGUAAUCUUUCUGGAUUGAGCUCGGCUAUUGAUGCAGUCAAGCAGAUCGGCGCUGCUACUGGGAACACUGGAAUCUUUAGUACUCAACCGGCAACAUCCAAACCUUCUGCCUACAAGGACCCAUUUGAUGUAAGGGACUAUACUUCAACUUCAAAUGAUCCGUAUUCGCAAUAUCCGCCUGUCAGUACCGCAACACCAACCAGUAAACGAGAAUCGGAUCCACGUCAUGAUACAACAGGAUAUGAUUCUAAUGCUAUGCAUGCUCCACCUUCAUUCAGAGAUGAUAUGAGGCCACAAACUCAAUACCGAGAUGACAUGAGACCUCAGCCACCAAGAGAUGAAAUCCGAAAUAGGGAUCCUCGAAUGAGAGAUGGGCCAAGUCCUAUUCCCAGGGAUCCCAGGAUGCGAGAUGGUCCUGAUCCACUUUCUCGUGAUCCGAGAAUACGUGAUGGCCCAGAUGCACUUUCUCGAGAUCCGAGGAUGCGUGAUGGCCCAGAUCCACUUCCUCGAGUUCCUAGGAUGCGAGAUGGUCCUGAUCCUCUUUCAAGAGACCCCAGGAUGCGAGAUGGUCUUGAUCCGCUUUCAAGAGACCCAAGGAUCCGAGAUGUUCCUGAUACAAUAUCAAAAGACCCCAGGAUGCGAGAUGUUCCGGAUCCUCUUUCAAGAGACCCAAGGAUCCGAGAUGUGCCUGAUCCAAUAUCAAGGGAUCCUAGAAUGCGAGAUGGUCCAGUUCCUAGAGAUGACAUGCGACAAGUACCUCAGUACAGGGAUGACAUGCGGCCGCUACUACCAAAUCCACUAAGAGACGACAUACACAGUAACAUGACUAAGGACCCUAGAGUGCGAGAUGUAGGGCCUGGAACAAUCUACAGUAAACGCUGGGGUGAACAAGGUCCUGGACCGAGACAAAAUGGAAGGGGUGAUGACAGCCUUUCAUUUCCUCCCAUGGAUAUUGAUGAUGGAUUUCCUCAUCAACAGUCUAACUUCCCUCCCUAUGGUAAAGACUCCGAUACUCACAAAGAAUUCCAGAGACCUUUGCUGGGUGAUCGGCCAGGCCCCAGUCCAUUUGAUCGAGACAACAGGGACCCCGGUGGAGAUAGAGACUUUGGAAUGGGAAGGCCGCCACAGGACCAAGAUAGCAGAGCAACCUUUAGACCACAAUUUGGAGGUCAGUAUGGACGAGGCAGAGUAGGACCUGGAUUUGGAAAUGAACGCCCACCAUUCAAGCAUGAUAUGGGACCUGGUGACAGACAUGGCCCUCUCCCCUUUGGACGCAGUGGUCCACCAUUGAACCGAGACCCAAGAGGUCCACCUACUAGAGGUCCACGACCAGAGAUGAAUAAGCCAGAUAUACCACCACCAUUUGGCAUUCCUGGUGGUCCUCCUCGUAUGCCAAUGCGGGGACCUCCACCACGAGAACAAUUAGGAAGAGGAAGAGGAAUGGGAAGAGGAGGACCACCUGGACCACCUAAUAACGACUGGGCUAAUGAACCAAACAAACCUCCAAAAGCCGGUGUAUUGGGCAUCCCACCUGUUGAUGACGAAAGGGGAAGGAAGAGACAAAGACCAGAAGAUAUGAGUCGUUCAAUUUGUGUCACCAACAUGCCACAAACCAUCAGUUAUCGUGAUUGCAGAAGAUUUUUUGUGGGAAUUGAAAUUCCUCAUGAUGGGAUCAAACUUAUAAAUGAUGCUUUUGGCAACAGGUCUGGUGUUGGUUAUCUUCGAUUCGCAAAUGAGCGCGAUGCUACAGAAGCCUGUAAAUUCCACGGACGAAGAUGGGGAGACAAAUGUGCAGAGAUCCGCCGCUGCUUGGACAAGGAGUUUGUAGAUGCCACUGAUUCGAAGAUGCCGCCCCGGGAGGUAAUGAAGGAUGUUCCUAUCCCACGUGCACCAUUGUCCGAUACCAGUGCACCAAAGUCACCAAAACGUGCACGUUCCAGGUCUCCGUCCUUCACUAGGACAAGGGAUAGAGAUCGUGAGAGGGACAGGGAUAGGGAUAGCAGGCGUGAGAGGGAAAGAGACAGAGAUCGUGAGAGGGAUAGAGAUAGGGAUCGCGAUCGUGAUCGUGACCGUGGCUCCAAGGAUAAGGAUCGCGAACGUCGGAGCUCUCGUGAACGUGAUAGAGACAGGGAUAGGGAUCGUGAUCGCCGAGAUAGAGACCGUGACCGAGAUCGCCGUGAUAAGGAUAAGGACAAAGAUAAGGACACCAAAGAUAAGGACACCAAAGACAAGGAUAAGGACAAAGACAAAGAUAAAGACAAAGACAAGGAAAGGCAUACCAGUCGUUCACGCGAUAGUGACAAGGAAAGAAGCUCCCGUGACAAGGACCGGUCAAAGAAUAAAGACUCUGAUAAGAAAGACAAAGAAGAGGUCACUGACCGCUGUGUUCAAUUGAAAGGUCUGCCGCCUAAGACCGAAGUUGACGACAUUCUGAGCUUUUUCAAAGGACUUGCUCUUAUUCCUAACAGCGUGUACAUAGAGUACGAUUUAGAAGGCAAAGCAAUUGGGCCUGCUUACAUGGAAUUCUCCGUGUUGAAAGACUUUAAAACUGCGCUCACCUACGUGAAUCGUCGCAUUGAGGGGAAAUUGAUCGAUGUGCAAAGUAUGUCGCGUAAACAGAUAGAAACCCGGGUCAAGGAGCAUAAGAACUUUUUGAAUAAAGCCGGUGAAGAGCAAAAGCAUAAGGAAGAGAAGCCACCAGUUCAGAAUGGUGAAAGAGAAUCACGUGAUCGUGAGCAACGUGACAGGGAUCAUCGGCCUUCACCCGCAGAUAAUGAUCGCGAUCGAGAUCGAGACCAAAAUAAUGAUCGGGGUCGAGACCACAGACCUCCUGGUGAUGAUCGCAGGAGGGACAGUGAUAGAAAUGAUAUGCGCGGUGGUAAUGAUAAUGAUAGGGAUCCGAGAGGCAGACCACCACCAACUUUUCAACGCACUCAAUCUCCGGAUGAUUACGACCAUGGUCCACCUCAACCACCACCUAUCAGAGAAACUUUCUGCUGUCAUCUAAUGGGUUUGCCAUAUGCAGCUAACGUCGAGGAUAUCUUGAAAUUCUUUGACGGAAUCCGCAUUGCGCCGAAUGGUAUCCAUAUUAUUCUGAAAGAGGACGGUAUGCCCACGGGUUGCGCAUAUGUUGAAUUCGCUUCUCCUAUGGACCAAGAGCUAGGACUCGCUAAAAACAAGGAAUACAUGGGAAAUACUGGUCGUUUUAUCCAAAUACGCCCUGUAGAUCAGCGUGAGGUCAUUGAUGUGCUUAGAAGCGACCGCGGGCCACCGCCCAAAGAUCUGGGACCAGGUCUUGGAAUGCAUGAUGACGGCCCAUACGAUAGAAUAGACCACCGCGGUCCUCACGGUAUAGGUGACUCUCUGCUUGGACCAGGCGGACCAAUAAGGAAGGCAUUCCCACUGCCUAAAGGUUACGUGGGGAGGCCACAGUGUAUCGUCGGAAUCUCACGGUUGCCUUACACUGUCACACCAGAGGAAAUACUAGAGCACCUCAGCGGUUACCGGCCGAUUCGUGAAUCUGUGCGCAUCAGGAUGACACCAUCAGGGAAACCUACUGGUGAUUGUAUCAUCUCGUUUCAUACUCCUAUGGAUGCUGAGCGGGCGGUUACUGAACUUAACGGUAGAGUCAUUGGGAGGAAGCCUAUCAUGAUGUACAUCCAUACGCCUGGUUUACCUUGAAUAAGCUAUCAUGUCCGGAAUUAACACCGAAAAGGUUUGUAAACGGGGCUUGUGUUACGGUUACAUACGACCUUAGUGCGAUAUUUUCGAAGUGAUUUCGAAUCGAAUUUUGCGAGACAAUGAAAAGAAAUAGUUCUGAGCUUCAAUUGAGCAUGAUGCCAAAUUAUCUAGGCCUUUGUGGUUUGAUUGAUUUUCAAAACUGCGUGGUGUCAUCACUAACUGUAGUUAAUUUUCCCUCAAAAUUUGGUCCGACUUCAUUGCGAGAUCAUGAAAAGUAGGUAUUCGUUUCGAAAAAUGCAGACCGUUUUGAUUAUUGUCUGGGAACAUUCCGACACAGGAUUUCAGCAAAGAUCUCGUCCGAGAGAGUUUCUACCAUCACCUCGCAGAGACUGCAAAGUCAAGACAUUUCGCCAGUUGCAAGUAGUACACUGUUUAUGUCAUUGGGAGGACAAUUUGAGCUAGGUAUUUUGACUGCCAAAAGAUUAUCAAGGUGCCCUAGGACGACAGGUGAAGUGAAGGUGCUGAGCCAAUGUUUUACUGGUAUUUCUUCAGGCUGUUGCGUGAGGCCUUUGUUUUAGCCAACCAGUUUUAUUUUACUUAUGAUCCUGGUCUGGUGAUUAUUUGAUUGUCAAUGAAGAGAUCUACCGUAAUGUAUUUUUUAUAUGUUUUUUUUUUGUUAAGACGUUUGAUAGUGAGAUUGCAAGAACGUUUGUUUACGGUACAUUUAGCUAAUUUAAACCGUAAUCGUUCAAGGGUUGUAUCAAAUACUGGAAACCGUUUUUCAUUUUCUAAUGUUCAUGUGUACAUUUUAUUUUGUAUCUGGGGAUGUAUCCGGUGAUGUUGUCUCUGGCACAGUGGUAGUCCAACGCAACUCGCAAGAGACGUUAUAAAACAGAGGGGUAUUUUUGUUAAUUUGUGUCGUUCUCACUGUCUUGCAGGGGGACUUUUAGAAGGGCUUGGGCAACAUUGUGACUCGGAAGAAAAAUGGUACAUGUACAUGCAUGCCUACGUUUACAUUGUUGAUUAAAAAAAGUAGAACUAUGUUCUCGAAAGUUGCUACAAAGAAUGAUUGGACUCGAUAAUACAUGUGAGGUCGUUGCUCUCAUUAUGCACAGUGGUUUGAUUUUGUAGGGACUACUUGGUGUCGUAAAUAUUUUUUUGUGAAGAUAAUGUCAACCAGUAAGAUUCGUUAUUGUGCAUUUAAAGUUUAUGUGUUUGUAAAAGUUUUCUCUACUGGAGGACACCGGAGGACACGUGCGUUUGUUAAAUUUUUGGGCUUAUUUGGUUGAAAGUCUGCGAGUCUGGCGAACAUACGUAUUUCAAAGAACAACAACAUGUUGAUGCGGCACGUUUCAAGUCUAUCCUGAUUAUCCUUUAUGGUGUAACCUAACCAGGAUUUAAUUCGUACCAUGCACUGUUGUAGUUCUUUUAAGUCUGCUGGUCGCGCAUUUCUGUAAAUUGUAAAUAACAGCCUCGGUAGCGUAUGUUGCGUUUCGUCUACAAUCUUCAAUGGUAUUGUUUGGUGUAUUGUCUCUGGAAAACGUGUUGGAUAAUGUUAGCACCAAUAUUUCAUAAUAAACCACAAUAUCUUUUCCACUA